ACAUGCUGCUGAGCUGGCAGUCCCUCUGCACAUUCUGCAGUAACUGCAGUGACAGCGGCUAUAUAAACACUCCGUAUUGGACCGACCCCCAAUGUUAAUUACGCCAAAUCUCUCCCACAAACUGCAUUAGCUGGAGAGAGCAGACAUGAAUCAGCGAGAGCAGAUGGAGCAGCGGGGGCAGUGGAGGAUCACAGUGUGGGAAGAGGAAAACUUCCAGGGCAAGCGCUGUGAGUUCAUGCUGGAGUGCCCGAACAUUCUGGACAGGGAUUUCCAAAAGAUUCGUUCUAUCAAAGUGGACAACGGCCCCUGGGUUGGUUAUGAGUACCCCGAGUAUCAGGGUCAGCAGUUCAUCCUGGAGAAGGGAGAUUAUCCCUGCUAUCAGGCCUGGAGCGGAAACAGCAGCUACCGCACUGAGCACCUGCUUUCCUUCAGACCCAUUAAGUGUGCUAAUCACAGUGACAGUAAAAUUACCCUGUAUGAGUGUGAGGACAUGAUGGGACGCAAGUUUGAGAUGUGCGAUGACUACCCCUCUCUUCAAGGCAUGGGCUGGUGCAGUAAGGAGGUUCCUUCUAUCAAAGUCAACUCUGGAGCUUGGGUGGGCUACCAGUUUCCAGGUUACCGUGGAUACCAAUAUAUCUUUGAGAGAGACAGACGUCAAGGAGAAUACAGGAAAUAUUAUGAGUACGGCACCCAGGCCCACAGCAACCAGAUCCAAUCAAUCCGCAGAAUUCAGCACUAAGUCCGCCCCCAGUCUUCUCCUAUUGGCUACUGUGUAUCAAGUGAUAGCAUGUUAUUACAUGAGACAAAGUAGGCAAUAAACGCUUUUUCAAACUCCAGAAAAAAAGAGUGUGCUUGUCGCCAUUCCUUUUUUUAUUUAUUCAACCAGUUCCCAGAAAAUUUAACGUUAGAUCGUUAAAAACUGGAGUGUUAUUAUUUUAUAAGAAAUUGAAAACAGGCCUUUGUACUUACAGGAUAUAGAUUUAAUAUAUUAUUUACAGAGCUUUCAGAUUAGACAUCUUUAGAUUAGGUUUUUAUUUUAUUUAUUUAUUCUUAAUGUCAGACAUAGAAUGUAUAUUGUUCUUGUCGGAUUGUAUUUUAUUUUCAAUAAACAAAAGCACGAGA